GGAGAGAUAGCAAAUCCCAUUAGAGAGAAAAGGAAAAAUAGACUCUACUGCCAGUCUAUUAAUCUAGCAAGUCUAUUUUCUAUGUACACAAUAAUUAUUGUACUCAUUAUACAAUUAUUAUAUUAUGUAUUAUAUUAUUGUACAAUAACAUUUUGACAAAUGACAAUAAACUGUUGUCGACAAGUAAGGAACUGAACAGCUGCCAAAAUAUGAGUACAAUUACAGAAUCUUUUGAACCUGUAAGUAAAAGAAGUUGUGAAGGAGUUGCUAUUAAAGUAGAUAAGGAAAAAAACAACGAACGUCUAAUAGUAGUUACUGGAUUUGGGCCUUUUGCUGGACAUGAAUUGAUGAAUGCAAGUUGGGAGGCAGUACGAAUUCUUCCUGAAACAUUAAUAAGCAAAAACCAAAAUCACUAUAAGGUUGAAAAAAUAUUUAUUGCAGUUACGUAUGACGAUGUUGAUAAAAACAUUGAGAAUAUUUGGAAAAGGAAUCCAGAUCUCGUUAUACAUUGUGGCGUUAAUGGAGAAGCAAAAACGCUUCAUAUAGAAAACACAGCUCAUAACAAAAAAUUUGACCGUGUAGAUUAUUCUUGCAAACUAUUGCCAGGAUCUACCGCGUCUCUUGCGAACAAUGGAAUUGAUUGCAAGAAACUAGAGACAAAAUUGAACGCGAGAAGAAUUUCCGAGAGAAUUAAUAAAAAUCAGGAAUGUUUAAAACAAAACCCAGUUUUGGUUUCAAAUGACUGUGGAAACUAUUUAUGUGGAUAUAUUUAUUUGAAGUCUUUGGAUGUUGACUGCAGAAGAACUUUGUUUAUUCAUGUGCCACCUAUCAAUAAACCUUUUACUUCUGAAGAAACAAGUUUUGUGCUAUGGAGUAUUGUCCGAGAAUGUAUUGAACAAAUUGAAUCAAAUGCACUUGAUUAUAAUGAAAACGAAGAAAGGUUACAGGAGUUCAAAAACAAAUGAAAAUUAAAUAUAAAAAUUUUUUUUUUGCAUAAUUUUGUAAACAAAUAAAAUUUUAAUUUUCUGUAGACUUUCGAAUUCGAAAAUGGACGAUAUGUUCAAUAUUUGCAUUUAACAUUAAGAUUAAUUGUUAAGAUAAAUUAUUUAAAAUUAAAAUAAAUUCACUGUGCAUAAGUAAAUGUAUGUACAUUAUCGUAAUUACGUGAAGACAAAUGUUUUUAUUAUAUUACUAUAAACAAACAUAUGUACAUCUAAACACUUCCGGCCGACCCACUUAAUUAAAUUUACACUUUUUUUUAUUAGACAAAAUAGAAGUAUGUGAAGUUAUUGGAUAUAGUUAACAGUCUAUUGAGUUUAACCGAAAGAAAAUUAGACACAAGAACAAAAUAAAAACAUGAAAUUAACAUAAAAAAAUUUGAAAUAUUAUGAAUUUAGUUGCUUCGUAUGUUCUUUAAUUAUUUUUUUAAACUACAUUAUUUCUAAUUAGGUAAUGCUCAGUAACCUCAAUUAUAUAUUUUAUUAAACAAUUGAAAUGUACGUAUGUAGGUGCUUACGCCUUUAAAUAGGUGCAUCAAACUAACAAAUUAUUCAAAACUUUG